UGAGCCGGCUAAGCUAUGUAGCUGUUUUGUGGCUAAUAACAGAUCGCUGCUAGUAGCUUUUUUCCUAAUGAUUAGACACGCAAAAUAAAGACUCAAAGCGGGCAAGUGUCAGCAACCAAGCAAAAUUGGAGAGUAUGGUUGUGAAUCUCUGCUUGCCACAUUUUCACACGACAGCUCAUUGUAACAAGCUGUGCGCAGAUGGCUAUGAUGUCACAAAUCUUGUAUCAGCUGACCCUGCCCUCCGCAGACGUGGCUUUAAGCUGGAAUAUUUCCUUCGUCCACCUGUACAGGUGACAUUGAAGUUCGGCUUCCAGGUGGAGCUGUGUAGGGUGGAUGUGGAGUUGUGGCCCUGGGGUAUGGACAGGGGACAGGCUUGCAAGAGACUGGAGAUCAGCACCAGUUCUGAUCCAUUACCUUCGACACGCACCAAAGAUUUUCCACAAAAGAAGCAGAUACAGAGGCAGGCGAAAGAUCAGAAUGCAGCGAAUAGACGAGAACUUCGAAACCAUGAGAGUAAAUCUCAACAGAGUAAUGGCCACCAGUGGAGUCUUCAGGCCCAGCAGUGGAGUGAAGUGACUCCAGGUGAGCCUCAGCAAAGAGGCUGCAUGUUCAAACAUCAGACAAACACAGAAUCCAGCAGUUCUGAGCCAGAGUUUAAACUGGUGGCUCGUUGCGAACUAAAGGAGGAAACCAAAGUCUGUUUCACACGUUCAAAUUUUUGCCCCAGGGCCCCGUUUCUGUCCUCGCCUCCUCCACAACCUGCGAACUGUCUGCAAGAGGAGCUAUGGAGCCGAGGUUUGCUCUCGCUCGGGGCUGUGACAAAGCUUCGUGUAACCAUGCCUUAUGGUGGUGCAGCAUCAUCUCUGGGGCUGAAAUCUUUGACUGUGUGGGGACAACCUGCUCGCAGCUGCCCUGCAGAAGAAGUGGAGAGGAUCAAAAAAGUCCACGAGGCCAGUGAAAGACGGCUACAACAGCCUGCAUUUUUUGCACCCCCUAUCAGACAAAGCAAGCAGGGACUGCAAGAACCUCCAAGUCAUUCCAUCCCAGAAGAAUUCCUUGAUCCACUCACACAGGAAGUGAUGAUGCUACCUAUGCUGCUGCCCAGUGGUGUAUCAGUGGACAACUCCACUCUGGAAGAGUACCAGAAGAGGGAAGCCACUUGGGGUAGACCCCCAAACGACCCUUUCACCGGUGUACCAUUCACUUCAACUUCCCAACCUCUUCCUAACCCCCAACUGAAAAGUCGCAUUGACCACUUCCUGUUGCAGAAAGGAAUGACGAGGAGGGAUGGGAUGUUGGGGAGAGGAGUUACAGGAGAGAAUACACAGGCCUCAAGACUUCUAGCCUCCAAAGUACACGAACAGUCUCAGAGCUCUCUGUGCCUCAGUAAAAGCUCAAACAGUGGUGCUGCUGAAUAUAAUGCUGACACCAGAAUCACAAACAGGACUGUGAAGAUAGAAGAUGCAGGGUCAGGACCUUUGUCAGAUAAUAAAAAUCACACAUCUGAUGCUGAGCCUUUAAGUACAGGUAAUAAAUCAGCAUUAGACAGGAGAAAGAAACGAGAUCUGAGUGAGAUUUCCAAAGAAUCCAAGGACACAUUGACACCAGAGAGGGAACUCCAAACAAAAAAAGUAAAAAGUGAUGGAGUUUCUGUUCCGAGCUGCAGCUCCCACGAGCAGCGUUUGUCUGCUAGUCUGGAUGAGGCCCUCUUCUCUGCCCUGCAGGGCCGGCCCUCCUUCACUUCAAAUUUGCCCCAGAAGCGGGUUAGUCCUGACUCUGAAACACUGAAUACCACCCAACAGCGCCAGAAUUCAGGCUUCCCGAGCAGUUCUACAGGUGAGAAGAUGUGCUCUGCGUGUUCCUGUUCUGUGUCCGUUUACUCCACCUCAGCAUCAUCCGUCUACCGUCUGAGCUGUGGUCACUUGCUCUGCCGCAGCUGCGUGCAGAAGGAAGCCAAUCCUCUGAGGUCGGCCACUACAUCAACAUCCAAACGUAUCGUGUGCCCAACCUGCCAACAUCCCACCCCACGCGAUCUCAUCACGCGGGUGCAUCACUAACAUAGCAUAAGAAUCCAACCGACACUUACAAAUUGAAGACAUGAUUGUAUUCCAGAUGUUUAAGUAAAAAGAAAAAAUUUGCAGCUGGAAAUUCGGGAUUCUAUUUAUGGACCGUUAACUUUUCUUGACAGUACCUUUAUCACCCUUUUUGUAAGCAUGACAUCUUUACACUGUAAGUCUAUUUGUCACGUUAUAACUGCUGUUUUCACAACCACUCCUGUUAAAUUGUCUGUUUCUCAUUUGUUGUUUUAUUGUAUUAUUUUGUAUAUUUUUGCU